CAUACAUCCAAUUCCGCUGCCGAGGCCACGUUGGUUCUUGACGCGCGGUUCCAUGGACUCCCAAUUCCCAUCCCACGGCGACGACGGAUGCAACCAGUCGCAACCAUUUGAAAUCCACUUUACAGCGUCCAACUUUCGGCCGCAAUACCAACGCAACAACAAAAAGGGCGGGCUGAAGAACUUGCGGUGCUUUCCAAACUGUUGUAGCGGCACGCACGCGACCACGGGCUUCUGCGGGGGCAGCGUCCUCGUGGGGGUGCGCCCUGAACAUGUCCGCGGGCGGCGCCAACUCGCCAUCUACGCUGAGUUUUGCUGCGUCGUCGACGGUCACCCACAAGGUCACGCGGCUCUGCAUGACACGUUCACCCAAGCCCAGAUCCACCACCUGUCCAACAAGGACGCAAACAUACAUGCCCCGUGGUAUACUGGCGACGUCCUGCAAGGGUCCCACGACGAAGGGUACAUCUACAGCAUCAACACAUUCAAGCGCGGAUGGCACUACGGAUGGACAAGUAAUCGGCACACGAGCGUGACGCAGCACGUGCUGUGUGUGUAUGCGUUUGAGCUACAAGACGACACUCUGUCGUCUAACAAUGCCCACUGGACAUGCAUUUGCGCGUCGCCGAGCCCCCAGUUUCAACUGUACUGCCGACGACGAGCCAAGGCGCGAGUAGCCACGCCACGGACUUCGUUGGAUGAUGCACUGGUCAAAGUUGAAAGCCCAGACGAAGCCGACGACGACGACGACAGCAUCGACCUCCAUGAACCCCCCAAGAAACACCGACGGAGCCUCGACUUUGACGAGAUGCACGCGUUUGGCGACCCGUACGAGUACCCCCCCACAGGACACUACUAUCCCCCUGAGGGUGGCCUCCAACAUGGGGAUCGGCAAGAUGGAACCACGGACCGAGAGUUUUUGUUGCCGCCGUCCUGUGUCAUGGAGAUCCCAGAGCUGGUCGAAUUUUGUAAUAUGCAAAACGAUUAAAAGUCAAUGCGGGGACGAACCUUUUUAGGUUGAACUUGUACCUAGAUGUCUCUAAUUCGACAAAAAUACCCAAUCACCAUGGGUUAAAAAAAAA